CAUUCAAUUCAUUUUAUUUUGUGUUGGCUGAAACGCGACUUGAUUUGGUUUGUGAAAAAUACUCGGAUAAGGUGGCUGCGGGCAUGCCCCGCCAAAAAACUAACCGAAAACCUGGAGAACGGUUAAGGAUUAUUCUUCAGUGAUAAUUUGCAAAAAGUUUGCCGUUUCCAACGCCAAAAAAACAGAUUUAGAUUUUUCGACGAAUUUUCAUCUCAUUUUCUUCUAAUGUGUGUUGGUGUUUUUAUUUACAAUUAGACGAUGUGGACAAGAUUAGACAAUAAAGUGUUCAGUGGCUAGUUCUAUUUUCGACUGCAUAGUGCUAAAUAUAUCGUGGUGUUCUUGUUUUGAUGAAUUACUCCCAACAGAAGGCGUCCAAAUUUUUUUAAUGGCGUCCAACAUAGUGAAAAAGCACCGCAUAAAAUCACCAACGUCAACCCAGCAAUAGAGAAAUAAAAAAAAAUGCACUCCAUCAGCCGCCGUCCACACCAUACUAUAAACCAUCUAAAAAUUAAAAAGAAACGCAACGAGCUUACCAACACUAAACCGAACGUGUGUUCCAAAUUUAAAUAGAACCGUUAGCGGACUCGCAUUCUAGAAUUUUCGAUUUUUAAUUUAUUUUAAAAAAGGAAGCUUUAAAAAAUUUCUAAACGUAAAUUACCAUUCGGAUAGUUGCCUUCUUAGUUAGUAGAUCUGUGAUUGGUCCAAUUUCUUGUAUAUUGUAUAAAUAACCACGUAGUUGUAUGUUGUGAUUGGCUGAUUUUCGUUUGGAGAUCGAAUAAAGGUACCAUAACAUGGAGAAUCCUGAAUCUGAAACGAGCUCCCCUCCAGAGGAGAGCAGCACGCUAAAUAGAAAUAGGAGUUUCAAGUCAAAACAACUAGUCAGAAGCCAGGCGAUACGCGAGUCGCAAUCUCCUCCGCGGCCCGCGUCGCCCGCGGUCGAGGAUGCCAGUACCGAUACCGUUACCGGUACCGGUAACUCUGUUACCGGUAACACUGGUACCGAUAACUCUGGUACCGGGAAUCCGGUGACAGACGUGGUGGAGGUGGAGGAGAAGAGGCGCCCGGUUGAAAUACACAUCACAGGCGGAGCAUGGGAAAGCGGAGAGCAGAAAUCUCGUCGCCGCUGGCCGCAGCAGUCGCGCGACUUGUUGUCAAAUGGACCUCGAGUCGCUUGCGUCGCGGGCUGUCGCUCACAGUGCAGGGGUCAAAGACGACGGAACCCUUGCCCUACCAAACAGGAUUCCGGCAUAUCGUGUCCCGAUGACUGCACAGACUGCUCCGACUUCGAGCAUACCGGAGGCUCCAGCAUCGAUGUCAGAAAAGCUUGCAGCUUGGAUUCGGACGAGUCAUAUUGCAGAUGUCCGGAGGGGAAAGUUAAACCACCAAAGACUAAUUCUUUAAGCAGAACUGAUUCAGCGGAUAACAAAAUCGAGCCAACUGGUCCCGAACUAGUCAACUUCAUAAGAGAAACAUUGAAUAAGAACACUCGAGACAGAAUGCUGCUUCUGAAGAUAGAGAAGGAAUUACAUGCACUUGUCACCGAUACUGGGCGGUGCAACUUCAAGUUCCCUUGUAUGACAUCGUACGAACGUAUGUUGGUACACCGAGUGGCCACUCUGUUCCAGUUGACGCAUCAUUUAGACCAGAACAGCAAGAAUUCUGUCACAGUCAGUAAAAGUGGCACGAGUGGCGGCCGCAUCCCGUGCACGAGCUUCAAGCAGUGGUGCACCGUCACCUUCCCGCCCAGCCCCGUCCGGCAGGACAGCGUUAAUGCCAAAUCAAUAUUAAAGCGCGACACACACUCGCCCGAGGACGGAAACGCGGCGAGUCGCGCUGUUGAACGGAGCAAGAGUCUAGAGCAGAGAGAGAGGGAGUACGAGCGAGUGAGACGGAGGAUAUUCAGCACGGACAACUGUUCGCAGGAUGAAUCUCAGUGGCCUUGGCUUCAAUUCGGACCAGUCAAACUGCUCACACCCGACACUGGGAGGAAUAAACUGUUAAAAGUACAAUCGCUAGAAGGCGCCGGUCCGCCUCAGUCGUGGCGCAACAGAGGACCUGUUUCAAAAAGCCACAGUUUUGGCGGCUACGGCGGCGGAGCAGAGAAUGCACCUACCAACCAACCGAGACUUCUUAGCCGGCAAGGUGACCUGGCGUCGAGCAGUUGGCGUCUAUCUCCCUCUAGCUCAGGGUAUAAGACGCUAAGUCUGAGGAGCACAGACUCUGUCACUCCUUCACCUACUGGUGGCGCGAGUCCAGAACCUGGAACGGAGAGUGUGGUGUUCGCGGUGGCCGACCUCGCCUGCGUGCCGCCCGGUGCGCUCGUCAUACACCCGCAGACGGGCCGCCCGCUGACCAACCCCGAUGGAUCUGUGUACCACUUCGACCCUCAGAACCCGCCCGUCAUGUACGACACCUAUCCAGACCAAAAGAUUCAAAAUUGCGAAAAGAGAAGAGGACGGUUGGAAAAACAGCACUCUUUUAUCGACACAGAAGCAGAAUGCCGUUGCGACGACGGUCGGAGCAAAUGUUGCUGCGAGUGUCGGCGACAUGAUGGUUGCAACCAAAGAAGCUGCGACAACAAGAUUUCUGUACAACCAGAGCAAAAAACUACCCCAAUGCCAUCAGACCCGGUCAAAAACCGUUACGAACAAAAUACGGAACAAACACCCAAUCAAACGACGCCGCCUGAAUCGGCAACCAAUCACAGACAAACUUACGACGCUGAAGCUACCCGCGUCGAAGAAUCGACCAAUCAGAGACCAGAGAUUCAGAAUGUUCAAACAUUCGAACCAGCGAGUCAGGUCCCAUUCGAACCUCAAAGAACGGAAUUCGAAAACCAACGGCCGUACGAGCCAAAGGUAUUUGAAAAUAGAACGUUCGAAGCGUCGAAUCAGAGGCCGCCGUCGUUCGAUCCGUUGGCCAAUCAAAGGACGGCUAGCGAAAAUGCGACGAAUCAGAUGACGCCGACUAACAAAUUGACCAAUCAGGAGAGCGUUGAGGUGCCGCAGUAUGUUCCGCAGCAUUACCACAAGGGAUUUAGAAAUGACGAGGUGACAUCGCCUACACAAAUGGUCCAGAACCCUAUGAUGGCUGACGUAGGGGUGUACAACAUUAUGGCCCAGGCCAAGGUCACUCCUGUACCCGUAGACCCCAAUCUCCGUCCGGUGUCCCUCACCAACAUGGUGUUCCCCGCCGUGACCCCGGCCUACCCCUACCUCAACCAACUGCGAAUGGAUCAGCCAUUGCAGCCAAUGUACCAGCCUUUGAUGGAGGAACAGAAACUAGCGCCCUCUCCCCACAACGAACCUUUUAGGAUCGACCCGUCGUACCAGUACGCGUACCCGUGCGGCGCCUGCGCAGGCGCAUGCCUCGACCCGCACCAGCACCAGCACCAGCGCCCGUACAGCGUGGGCUACGGGCAGCUAGAACAACAAAUGUUGCAACAACCUUACCCCGUGGGCAACGUGUUACUGCAACAUAACGUGCAACAUUAUCCUUACCCCGAUGCAAUGCAGUGGGGUAGCCCCAUGAUUCCCGGAGCGCCACCGAAACUACUCAUGCACGAGUUGUGCCCCGUGUACCCACAGUACCCCUACGUGUACCCUCAGAUGAUACCACAACCGUACCCGAUAGUCCAACCAAUCUACCCGACGCUAGACAAGGACAGAAGACCGCGACGCACACACACUCUUCCCACAUCCCAGCGAACCACCCCCCAGCCGAGGGACAGAGACAGCGAGAUCGCGCUCAAGAUACAACAGGUACAGAUAAAGGAGCAAAUGACGCAUCUGAACACCCAGGAUAAGGAGAGAAGCGGCAACGGGCUGCUAGGCAACGCGCCACCCAACUACAUGGGGAGAGUUGGGAGGAGUGUGUCGACGAACGACGAGACGCAGCUGUCGUCGGCGGCGCGCGCCAUCGUCAACUCCAUACGCAGCAUGCAGGCGCACGCGCACGCGCACGCGCACGCGCACGCGCACGCGCACACUAACCAGCACGACGGGCGGCGGCACGCGGGCGAGGGGUACCGCGAGCGCCGCGACGAGCGAGACGACAAGCGCGCACCGCACAGACAGAUGUCGCCCGGGAACUGGUGCAGACGGUCUCCCGGUCCCAUGCAUCCAGCUCUAAACCAACCGCGGCGGCCGCACCCAGACACACGCAACGGACGACGUUAACAUAUCCUACACACACACACAAACACGUCCCGGAAUCCGCCUUUAUACAUGUUAUACGAUUGUUUUACCAUUACACGUAUAGUAUGAAUUGUCUCACAUGAUUUUUAGGCCUCAAACCCUAAUUCGUUAAACAAAAGCCUUUGUUUCUUUUAUGUGGAGGCGCCUUAGUCGCGUGCCGAGCGAGUGCCAAAGCAACCAUGUCGUUAAAAAGCAACUAUCGUGAUAGUAUUAAGGUUCAAAAUGUAACAGCUCAUUCUGAGAUAACGAGUUUGGGUAAUGAAGGACGAACGGUUGCCUGUGUGGGCUCAGAAUGAGCUGUUACAUAAAUUUGAACCAUAUAAAUAGGACGGUUAAAUUUCUUUUUAAACGAGUUUGUUCCCGUUCAGUCAGUAGCGGUAGCAUUGGUAGCCGCUGAACAAAAGAUACAAAGGCUUUUGUUUAACAUUAGGGUGUGAGGCGUAAAAAUCAUUUGAGAAAAUUCGUACUAAACUGAAGCGCGCGGCUACAGCAUUCCGACUUGCAAUACAAUACAAUACAACCUGGCCUGACCUAAUAGCUGUUUAGCGCCAGUUGCACCAUCCCACUAGCCCGGGGUUAACCGGUUAAACCAGUGUCAAAUUGUACUGGUAACCAUGGUAACUCCAAGUUUAACCGGUUAACCCCGGGUUAGAGAACGGGCAAUCUUAAAAUAUCAAGCCAUGUCAGAAAGUAAUAAUAUAAUUUAAAGUUUUUGAUGAUUUUUCUUCCAUAAUAGAAGUACACUUUAACAAUAUUUUUCUUAUCCCUAUAUUUUAUUAUAAAGGUAGAUUUCGGGACAUUAUAUAAAUAAAUCAAUAGUCAAUAAUCUUUAAUUAACUAUAUAAAUAUAACUUGGCCAAUUGUGACAGUCUAUAGUUUAGUACGUUUAAGGCUUUCUUUAAAAAAAAACUCCAUACAUUUGAGUAAUGACUUUCCCCCAUAACUAACUUAAAAGUACCUAUAAAUAUGGGAUUUUUAAAUAGUUACAAUUUAGUAACGUUUGAUAUGGAUAUAUGUAAAGAACGCCUUAAAAAUAACCUAAAGUCAAAGGAAACUCGCCUCCAUGGAGAUCUCACAUCGCAAAGGAACUAGUCAUUUUUUAAAGCUAAAUUGCAUAGACUAUAGAGAUGUUUUUUUUUUAUAUUUAUUGUAACGGCUGUUAGCGGCUUUCCUUUGACGACGGAUUGAUUUUAAAAUAGUUUUUUUGCAAGGGGUCUUUAUUGAGAACAUAAGUAACAUCAAACAUUAUUGUUAAUAUCCAUAACAUAAGUAGUCAUGUACAGUACGUAUGGUGCUACUUUACCGCACUAGUGCGAUAAUAAGCACAUUACGCAACUAUGUCGAAAAUUUAAAGGGCCAUAUGUACUGUAAAACGUUGUACGAUACACGUGCGAAAAGGUACAGUACACACAUACACUUGUAUCGUAAUGUACUAUUACUUGACGUUAUUUCUAACUGUUGACUAUUUAGUACGAAGCACGUAUGUAUUUAGAUGACACUUCAUCAUUUAUGUGUAUAGUAUGAGUCUUCUCAAAUGAUUUUUACUCCUAAGACCUUAAUCUGUUAAACAAAAGCCAUUGUUUCUUUUGUGCGAGCGGUCGUGCGGUCGGCCAUUGUGUCUGAGCGCGUGCCAAAGCAACAAUGUCGUUUAAAAAGCGGCUGUAUCGUGGUGGUUUUAAGGUUCAAAUCUAAGUACAUGUAACAUGU